AUGAUCAGAUUUAUUUUACUUCUUUUUUCAUUUUUUACUUCUAUUUUUGCGAACCCAGCAAUUUUGGAAGAAAAUUUGAGAUUCGCGAAUGUGACGAUUUUGGAUUUCGAUGAACAAGCAGUUUCGUUUGAAGACUUACAGAGAACACAUGGUCUGCACUGCGAUGAAGAUCAAUGCCAAAAUAAGUGGGCGUGUCCGGCGAACUCAGAGUGCAUCAAUAAAUGUGCCAAGUACGUUUGCCAAUGCAAGAAAGGAUUUUUCAAAAGCGGUUCAACCUGCAUCUCAGCAGAAAAAUGCGACGCGGACCAGUGCCUCGCCAAUCCUUGCCCAGCUGAAUCUCGCUGUCAGAAUCGCUGUUCUGGAUUCGAAUGUCUUUGCGAAAAGGGAAAAUGGAACUUUGAAAGCUCUAGCUGCGAGCUUCAGUGCCCGGCGGGGAAAGAAGAAGUGAAUGGAGAAUGCGUUUACAAAUGUGAAAAGACGAGAUGCGAUUGUGGAAUGAAUGAAAUUUGCAUCCGGGCGGUGGAUUUUAGAAAAUGCACCCUGAAGAAAUGCAGAUGCAGAAAAGGGUUUUCGCGAAAAGGGGAAGGAAGUCAAUGCCAAAAGGAUUGCCCUGCUGGUCACAAACUAGAAGGAAAAAUCUGCAAGAAAAUCUGCAGCAAAAGCGCUGCAACUUGCUAUUGCAGCGAAAACGAAAAAUGCUCGAUAAUUUCCGACGAAAAUGGAUGCGAUUUGGCGACCUGUUCGUGUAAAGAUGGCUUUGAGUCGGAAAAUGGCGUCUGUCGGAAAAUUUGCUCGGAAGCGAAAUGUUCGGAUUUGGACUGUGGCUCGUUUAGUUUUUGUGAGGAGACUUGUGCUGGGCCGAUUUGUGGAUGCAUGCCAGGGUACAGAAUGGACGAGGGAGUUUGUGUCAGGAAUUUUGCUAAGGACUACAUCGAGACGAAUUUUACUUACCAUCAAGUGGAAACGCCAAGUUCCGAGCAGUUCAGUGCUGUUUACGGAGAUCCGCAUUUCCACAUCUCAGGUGAGUCCGCUGACCUUUGUUUUGAUCUUCAGCUGCGAAUGGAUUCCGUCGUUCUACUCGAGGAUCUCUUUUCUGGAUUCAAAGUGACGGCGGAAUUGGACGAGAAUCGCGAAUUCUUCAAAUCGUUCACUUUCGUUUUCGGGGAGAACGAGUUAAAAGUUGGUCAAGAAAACUGGAGAAUGAAGGAAACAAAGGGAGAGCCUUAUUUUGAUGAAGAGACGGGAAAUGUGUGGUAUGAAGAAAUAUCUAUCGGAGAAGUCAAAAAAGGCGCAAAGUUCUACUUUUUCAAUGUUGUCGUCGACGAGAUCAAGUUUGAAAUCAGCAUUGGUUUCAAAAACAAAGACCUGAAUCUCCGCGUUCUUGAAGUCGGCGAGUCCAAGCCGAGGCUGCUUACUGGGCUCAUCGGAGAGCUCAUGCGGCCGGGAAGCUAUUCAGUGGAAAAAUUGACCGAUCGGCUUGGAAUUUUUACUUUCAAUGAUCAGACGACGAUUGUGAGCUACAAAACGCGCCACCAGAGAAAUCAUGAUUGCUGGUUGAUUCCCUCAAAAGAAGCGGAAAUCAUCCUUCUUGAUAAUGGCAAUCAGAUUUACAAAUAA